CCUAUGCUAUAUUCACUAUCAUCCUUACCCAUUUUUAUUAUAGUUGCGUUUUUUAAAUCUCAGGAGAGGUGUCUCGGCAAAUAUGAACGUAUUACAAUCCAAGCUGUCCAGGCAUCGGUCUUCCACAACGCUUCUCACUCUAAAAGGCAAUGUGCAGCCCCGAGCUGCCCUCCGCCCAGCAGCUGGCCCCAGCCACGUACGCCGCCCGGGACCUCCCUGCGCCCCAACCAAACGACCAAGACUCCUGCCCUCCUCCUCCUCAUCUCCUGCCUCCCGCUCCUCCUCCUCCCUCUCCUCUCCCACCCAAGCACGAAUCCUCGUAGCAGCAGCAGCGGCAUCAGGAGGAGCAGCAGCAGCCGGGGCGGCACCUGGCUCGUCUGCAGCUUCCGACGGACCCGCCGGGUCGGUCCCGCUGGGUGUGUUGUUCGAGGUGGAUGGCGCCCUGAUGGACGUGCACCUGGAUGGACACCGGGAGGCCUUCAACGCCGCCUUCCAAAGCAUCGGCAUGGACUGCGUGAACUGGUCGCCCGUCGUGUACCACGACCUACUGGGCUGCAGCGACGGCAGCGGAGAGGGGCUGGUGCGGGCGUACUUCGGAACGGUGGGGUGGCCGCUGAUGCUGGCCACCUCGGACCGAGGCGCCUUCGUGCGGCGGGUGCAGCAGCUCAAGGAGCAGCAGCUGGAGCGGCUGCUGGCGAGGGACGCGGUGCCGCUCAGGCAGGACGUACGGCAGGUGAUCUCCGACGCUGUGUCCGACGGAGCUGCCGUGUCGCUGCUGGCGGGUACCCAGUGCGUUCGUGCGGAGCAGCUGGCGGCCUCGUGUGUACGGCAGCUGGGGCCGGAGCUGACGGCAGCUGGGGGGCCGCUGCGGGUGUUCACGUUCUCCCUGGCGCCCCCCUCGCCAGAUUCCUCGACCUCGACUGGGGGUGCGAGUGGUGGUGGUGGUGAGGGCGCGGAGGGAGAGGGUGGUGAUGUGGGUGCCGGUAGCCAGCAGCUGUCGCAGCUGCUGUCCGCCGCGGCGGGGGACCUCAAGCAGCGGGCGGCGCUGCAGCUGGUGUGCAGCUGGCAGCAGUCUGUGGGCAAAGGUGGCGGUGAGGGGGGCGACCAGGAGCCCGUGGGCCUGGGGGUAGACCCCUCGCUGCUGGCGGCAGGCGGGUCGCAGCAGCGGCUGAGCCCCGAGUUCCUGUCCGCACUGGUCGCCACCACGGGGGUGGCGGCGGGGCGCACACUAGCAGUGGCGGCCAGCAAUGGGGUGAUGCAGGCGGCAGCGGGAGCCGGGUUGGUGCCGGUGGCGGUGCCACGCAAGUUUGCAACACAGGGCACCUUCCCCGCCGCGGUCGCCAAGUUCGAGGGUUUCGGAGCGGGGGCUGCCACCUGGCCCCGCCUGCGCUCGCUGCUGCUGACCUCCUCAGCCAACAACAGCAACAGCAGCAGCGGCGGUAGUGGCAGCAGCAGCAGCGCCCCGCAGCGGUAACGAAGUAAUACCAAGCUGCCCAAGCUGUUGACCCGCCUGGGAGAGAGAGCUGGCUUGAUGAGGGGAAGGGAGCAAACGGGCGGGACAACAGCAUAACAGCACGUGCACCGCCUGGGAGCAGCGCGUGCUGGCUGGUUGAUGCUGUUGAUGUUGUUGUUUGGGUCGUUGGCCGCGAUUGUCCCUGCUAGGGUCCUAUGUGUUUGACAUAUCCAGAUGGUGGUUGGGAGUCGUUGCCGGUUUGGUGGUGGUUACAUACCUCCUUUCGCUGCUUGGGGCGCCUGCAGCAACAGGGGCAUAAGCCCACAACUCCCACAGCUGUCGAUGCCACCCCGCCACCUCCGCGGCUGCAACAGCCCGUAGCAGCCACUUUCUGCGCAUACUGGACUGUAAACGUCU